GGCUCUCUAGGCGGAGCCUCGGGUUGAGACCGGCGGCGUAGAGGGCGGGUGCCUACGGUCUUCCGCUCGCCGCAGAGCUUGGUGGGCAAGGGACAGCGAUGAGCUGGGAGCUGCUGCUGUGGCUGCUGGCGUUGUGCGCGCUGAUCCUGCCCCUGGUGCAGCUCCUGCGCUUUCUGCGGGCGGAUGCCGACCUGACCUUGUUGUGGGCUGAGUGGCAAGGGCGACGCCCAGAAUGGGAGCUGACCGACAUGGUGGUGUGGGUUACUGGAGCAUCGAGUGGCAUUGGCGAGGAGCUGGCUUUCCAGUUAUCUAAACUCGGGGUCUCUCUGGUGCUGUCAGCCCGAAGGGUGCAGGAGCUGGAGCGGGUGAAGAGAAGAUGCCUGGAGAAUGGCAAUUUAAAAGAAAAAGAUAUAUUGGUUCUGCCCCUUGACUUGACUGACACACGUUCCCAUGAGGCAGCCACCAAAGCUGUUCUGCAGGAGUUUGGUAAAAUUGACAUUUUGGUCAACAACAGUGGACGAUCCCAGCGUUCCUUAGUUCUAGAAACCAACUUGGAUGUCUUCAAGGAGCUGAUAAAUCUGAACUACAUAGGGACAGUGUCCUUAACCAAGUGCGUUCUGCCUCACAUGGUAGAGAGGAAACAAGGGAAGAUUGUCACCGUGAACAGCAUUGCGGGGAUUGCAUCCACAUCCCUUUCCAGUGGCUACUGUGCCAGCAAGCAUGCCCUUCGGGGCUUUUUCAACUCCCUCCAUGGUGAGCUUGGCAAAUAUCCAGGCAUAACCCUUUGCAACGUUUACCCAGGGCCUGUGCAGUCUGACAUCGUGAAGAAUGCCCUAACUGAAGAAGUCAUGAAGCCCAUGAGAGACAGCAUAGACCAGAGUUACAAGAUGCCAACGAGCCGCUGUGUGCGGCUCAUGCUCAUCUCCAUGGCCAAUGAUCUGAAGGAAGUCUGGAUUUCUGAUCAUCCUGUGUUGUUGGGAGCAUAUAUAUGGCAGUAUAUGCCAACCUGGGCCUUAUGGCUAAACUGCAAGUUGAGCAAGAAAAGAAUCCAAAACUUUAAGAAUAAUUUGGAUCCAGACUUGUCUUAUAAAUUCUGGAAGUCAAAGAGGGAUUGAAACAACCACCAGGGAUGUCUGAGCCACUUGUUGAGAAUGACAAACAGCAUAUGUACAGUAAGCUUGCACACAGAAGGCGGGCUGGUGACUACUUUCAGGAUUAAUUUUUAUACAACUUUCUAUUCAGUAUGUAAUGAAUAAUAAAGAAAACCUUGUCCUGUAUCUUGCGUUUGUAUAAGAGUAUGUGGGACCUUUUUGAAUAAAAUAACAUUUAACAUA